CCUUCUUCCAUCUUUGUAAACAACUCCACAGUGCGCGUGCGCGUUCGUGUGUCACAAUAAUGGAGGACAAUCUUUUCCAACCGUUGUGAACCCAACCACCGUGUUCAUUUGGAGAAUUUGGUUAAAGCAACGUGCAGCUAAGUGUCGAAAACACGAGCAUUAUGGCCUCCGACUCAGUAGCUCAGGCUCCUGGGUCGAGGAUCAUGACCUUCCACCCGACCAAGGAGGAAUUCAAAGACUUCAGCCGCUACAUUGCUUAUAUGGAGUCAAAGGGCGCUCACUUAGCUGGCAUGGCGAAGGUUGUGCCUCCUAAGGACUGGAAGCCCCGCUGCACAUAUGAUGACAUUGAUGACCUGGUCAUUCCUGCUCCUAUUCAACAAGUGGUGACGGGUCAGUCCGGGCUUUUCACACAGUACAACAUCCAGAAGAAGCCCAUGACUGUCCGCGAGUUCCGCAAGGUCGCUAACACAGACAGGUUCUGCAACCCCCGGUAUGUAGAUUUUGAUGAGCUGGAGAGGAAGUACUGGAAGAAUCUCACAUUUAAUCCCCCACUCUAUGGAGCGGAUGUCAACGGAACUCUCUACGAUCCAGACGUAAACGAGUGGAACAUCGGGCAUCUGAACACUAUUCUGGACACAGUGGAGAGAGAGAGUGGCAUCAAGAUUAAAGGGGUGAACACACCGUAUCUGUACUUCGGGAUGUGGAAGAGCACGUUUGCCUGGCACACUGAGGACAUGGAUCUCUACAGUAUCAACUAUCUGCACUUUGGAGAACCCAAGUCCUGGUACGUUGUGCCGCCAGAACAUGGGAAGCGAUUAGAACGUCUCGCUAAAGGCUUUUUUCCUGGAAGUGCACAAAGCUGUGAAGCCUUCUUGCGACACAAAAUGACUUUGAUUUCCCCAUCAAUACUAAGAAAGUAUGGCAUCCCUCUUGAGAAGGUUGCACAGGAAGCAGGUCAGUUUAUUGUGACCUUCCCCUACGCCUAUCACGCUGGGUUCAAUCAUGGAUUCAACUGUGCAGAGUCUACAAACUUCGCCACUCAGCGCUGGAUCGACUAUGGAAAGCAGGCAGCAUUAUGUUUGUGCCGUAAAGAUAUGGUGAAGAUCUCCAUGGACGUAUUUGUGCGAAAGUUCCAGCCAGAGCGAUAUAAACUGUGGAAGGCGGGAAAGGACAGUGUGAUAAUUGAUCACUCCAAACCCACACCAGAAGCGGCAGAGUUCCUGCAGGAUGGAAAGACACCAGGAGAAGCGGGAGAGCUCAGCAACAGCAGCCCUGCUGAAACCAGAGUAGAGAGGGAGACCAAAACAGCAAAUGAAGAUGGAGAGGAGAGAGAGAUGGAGAAGGGAGAGACGACAACAAACGAGACCAAUACAAAGAGAGGAGACAAAGGGAGAGGAAAUGCAAGUGCACAACAAAGAAAGACAGAAACACAAGAGGCAAAUGCAAAGGGAGAAGAAACAGAGACCAGAAAAACUCAACUAGAAGCAGAUAGUGAAAGAGAGAAGACACAGGGUGAAACAGACAAGACAGAGAAAAUAGACCUAAAAAAAGAAGCGACCGAGGAAGAGAGAGUCAAAACAGAAAGAAGAGAGUCAGAUAUAGAAAUGCCGGAUCAAGAGGCAGGUCUGACGGUGACAAACAAACCUGAAAGAGAAAUCGGGGAAACAGAGAUGGAGACCGAAAACAACAGCACAGAGAGCAGAGAGAAGGAUAAGGCUGACGGGGGAAAAGAAGACACCGAUACAGUAGAGAUGGAGACUGAAGAAAUAAAACAACCAAAGACUGAAAUUGAGACAGCAUGGAGAGAGCUGGAAACUGGAAAGGAAGAACUGGACAGCAGUGAGAUAAAGCAAGACAUGGGUGAGACAGAUAGUGGAGAGUUGGAGACUGAAAAGGAGAAUCUGUCUGUGGCACAAGAGACAGACGAAUCAGUGACAGAGAUGGAAACACAAAAGAUGGACAGUCAAGACACAGAUAGAGAAGAUAAAACAAAUGAAAAAGAAGAGAGAGAGACAGGAGAGGCAGAGAUGGACAGAUCACAGAGAGGGGAGGUGGAGAGUGAGACAGUUUGUGGGAAGAUGGAGAGUGAAACAGCGAGAGGAGAGAUGCAGAGCAAGACAGAGAGUGAGGCAGGGAUAGGAAAGAUCGAGAGCAAGAGAGGGCGUGGAGAGAUGGAGAGUGACACAUGGAGUGGACAGAUGGAGAGUGAGACAGGAGAGAAAGGCAGAGGAGAGAUAGAGUGUGAAACAGGGGAGAUGGAGAAUGAGACAGUAGAAACAGGGAGAGAGAUGAAGAGUGAGAUACGGAGAGAAGAAGUGGUCAACAAGUCGGAAGAGACGGGGAAAAGAGAGAUAGAGCGUGAGACAGGAGAGGCAGCAAGAAGAGUGAUGGAUAACAACAGAGGAGUAAAUACUGAGAGAGAAACAAGGACAGAAGAGGUAGAGAGUGAGACAGGACAGACAAGUAGAGGAGAUAUAGAGAGUGAGACAAUGACGGAAGAGAUGGGGAGUGAAGCAGAAGGGACAGAAAAGGGGGAGAUGGAGAUCGAGACAAAGACAGGGGAGGUAGAGAAUGAGACCGCAAGAGGAGAGAUGGAGAGCAUAACAAGGAAAGAAGAGAUGGAGAAUGAGACAGAUGAGAUGGGGAUAACAGGGAAGGAAGACCUGGAGAGUGAGACAGGGAGAGGGGAGACAGAGAGCAUAACAUUGAAAGAAGAAAGGGAGAGUGAGACAGGGAGAGGGGAGACAGAGAGCAUAACAUUGAAAGAAGAAAGGGAGAGUGAGACAGGGAGAGGGGAGACAGAGAGCAUAACAUUGAAAGAAGAAAGGGAGAGUGAGACAGGGAGAGGGGAGACAGAGAGCAUAACAUUGAAGGAAGACAUGGAGAGUGAGACAUGUGGGACAGGGAGAGAGGAUAUAAAGGACAUAACAGGGAAGGAAAGCCUGGAGAGUGAGACAGGGAUAGAGGAUAUGGCGAGCAUAAUAUUGAAGGAAGACAUGGAGAGUGAGACAGGGAGAGGGGAGACUGAGAGUAUAACAUUGAAAGAAGAAAGGGCGAGUGAGGCAGGGAGAGGGGAGACGGAGAGCAUAAAAUUGAAGGAAGACAAGGCGAGUGAGACAGGGAGAGGGAAGACAGAGAACAUAACAUGGAUGGAAGACCUGGAGAGUGAGACAGGUGGGACAGGGAGAGGGAACAUAGAAGACAUAACAUUGAAGGGAGACAUGGAGAGUGAGACAGGGAGCAAGGAGACAGAACACAUAAUGGGGAAGGGAGACAUGGAGAGUGAGACUGAGAAAGAGGAGACAGAGAGCAUAAUGGGAAAGGGAGACCUGGAGAGUGAGACAGGGAGAGAGGAGACAGAGAGCAUAAUGGGUAAGGGAGACCUGGAGAGUGAGACAGGGAGAGGGGAGACAGAGAGCACAAUGGGCAAGGGAGACAUGGAGAGUGAGAUGGGGAGAGGGGAGACAGAGAGCACAAUGGGCAAAGGAGACAUGGAGAGUGAGACGGGGAGAGGGGAGACAGAGAGCACAAUGGGCAAGGGAGACAUGGAGAGUGAGAUGGGGAGAGAGGAGACAGAGAGCACAAUGGGCAAGGGAGACAUGGAGAGUGAGACGGGGAGAGAGGAGACAGAGAGCACAAUGGGCAAGGGAGACCUGGAGAGUGAGACGGGGAGAGAGGAGACAGAGAGCACAAUGGGCAAGGGAGACAUGGAGAGUGAGACGGGGAGAGGGGAGACAGAGAGCACAGUGGGGAAGGGAGACAUGGAGAGUGAGACGGGGAGAGAGGAGACAGAGCGCAUAACACUGAUAGAAGACAUGGAGAGUGAGACAGGGAGAGAGGAGACAGAGCGCAUAACACUGAUAGAAGAUGUGGAGAAUGAGACAGGGAGAGAGGAGACAGAGAGCAUAAUAGGGAAGGGAGACAUGGAGAGUGAGACAGGGAGAGAGGAGACAGAGCGCAUAACACUGAUAGAAGACGUGGAGAGUGAGACAGGGAGAGAGGAGACAGAGAGCAUAAUAGGGAAGGGAGACAUGGAGAGUGAGACAGAGCACAUAACACUGAUAGAAGACAUGGAGAGUGAGACAGGGCGAGAGGAAGUAGUGUCAAAAAAGGUUGAUGAAGAAGAAAGUAAAAUAGAAAUUGCAGAGACUGGAAAUGAAGGCACUGUUUCAGCAAAUCUGGAGGAGGAGAAAGUAGAAGAGAAUGAGCGAGAGCUUAUGGAGACAGGAGGAGAGAAGGUGGUGACAGAGACAGAAAAAGAGACGAAGACCAGCAGUACUUCUGUUCAGAGGAAGAGAAGUAGUUCCAGGCCGAAGGUGAGGAUGAAACGGCAGAGAGGAGCCAGUGCUGGUUCUACUGACGCUGUAGAGCAGGUCAAGCGGAAGAGAACCAGGCUCAGUCAACCUGAAGCAAGGUGUGAGGCAAAACAGGCCGAUUCAGCAGGCCAAGAUGAGAGUGACAACGAGGACCGCAUGGAUGUAGGCACUCCAGCAUUGAAAAAGGAAAAGAAGCCAGAUCCCUCCCACUUAGAGACUCCGCCUCCUCGUCUUCCGUCAAAUAAACAGCCAAUCAGCAUCACUCCUAAAUCUCAUAACAGAACCCAUAGCACGUCUGUGUCCUGCCAUAUCACCGCUUCCUCCCAGCCUCGCAACAUCGUCUCUCGGCCCAAAGAAACCACUCCGCGCUGUGAUCUUAGAACUAAGCACCAUCAGCCUAACACCACCACCUCUCCAUCUCGGCGUGCAGUUAGCACCAAACUCAACAAAACCACCGUUAAAUCUCCGUCUAGCAACAUCACCACAGACCAUAGUGACCUCAGCAUUCAGGCUAAACCCACCAAUAACUCAAGACACCGUAGCGAUAUCACCCCAAAACGCAGGAAAACCAGCCCUAAACAUGAAGCCAAACCCAGGGAGAGUCGUGGCGGCUCUGUUCCAAACGAAGACGGUGAUGAGAGUAAGGCUGCCUAUGGAGGGAGCUCGUCUCAGCAGCUUUUCCAACGGACACUCAGUCCGGCUGAGGUGCUACACGUCCACAGCUACGCUAAAGGAGACUACAGCGAUCUGGACAGAGAGCAAAGGGACAGCGACACGGACACAGAGACGCAGGAGAACGGACAGGGGGCAGAACACGGCUCUUAUGAGGCACUGAACAGUCUAGCACGGCUGCCCAGACAUCAUCCGCUAAUAAAGGACAGCAUCAGUGAUGAGGAGCUUCAGGACCAGGCUUUAAUAGAGGAGGAUGGUUUAGAAGGUGAGCUGUGGGCCAAGCCUCUGGCUCAGCUGUGGCAGAACAGACCUUACAACGAACAGCGAGAGAGAGCGUACAACAGAGAGAUGGGCCUCCAGCCCCCAUACUGUGCCGUCUGUAUGAUCUUCCAAACGCACCAGCGGUCUGAAGAGGCUGACUGUGAGCAGAUUGUGGUUCAGGCUGGACGUCAAAUGAGGACGAAGCCGCUGAUCCCCGAGAUGUGUUUCAGCACAACCACAGAAGAAUGCACUGAACUUCAUCUGUCCACUCCUCACUUGGACAAGGAUGGAACCAGCCUGCUCAUCAGCUGCUCCCAGUGCUGUGUGCGUGUGCACACCAGUUGCUAUGGCGUUUCUCCUGGGAGAGUCACGAAAGACUGGAAAUGUGCCCGUUGCAAAGCCAAUGCCCUCACCGAGAGUUGUUGUCUGUGCUCAUUAAGAGGUGGAGCCUUACACAGAGCCAACAAUGACAAGUGGGUGCAUGUGCUGUGUGCGGUGGCGGUGUUAGAGGCUCGCUUCGUGAACAUCACAGAGAGAUCUCCAGUGGAUCUCAGUGGCAUUCCUUUACAGAGAUUUAAGCUGAAAUGUUACUACUGUAAGAGGCGGAUGAAGAAGACGACAGGCUGCUGUGUGCAGUGUUCUCAUGGCCGCUGCCCCACUUCGUACCACCCUACCUGUGCCCAGGCUGCGGGUGUCCUUAUGCACCCGGAUGACUGGCCUUUCAUCGUCUAUGUCACCUGCUGCCGUCAUAAAGGGCCUGUGCAAUCAGAGCGGAAAAAGGAGGCCAUGAGGGAAAUCAGUGCAGGCCAGAGAGUGAUCUGCAAGCACAAAAAUGGGCGCUACUACCAGUGUGAUGUGGUUCAGCUGACAAAGGAGACAUUUUAUGAGGUCAACUUUGAUGAUGGCUCCUUCAGUGAAAACCUCUUCCCUGAGGACAUUGUGAGCCGUGACUGUACCCAGCUGGGUCCUCCACCCCUGGGAGAGGUGGUGCAAGUGCGUUGGACUGAUGGAAUCAUCUACGGAGCCAAGUUUGUGGCAGCACACAUCAUUCAAAUGUACCAGGUGGAGUUUGAGGAUGGCUCACAGCUCACAGCCAAGAGAGAUGAUGUCUACACAUUAGAUGAAGAACUGCCCAAAAGGGUGAAAUCCAGACUGUCGAAGGCAUCAGACAUGCGUUUCGAUGGGAUCUUCGGAGAGAAGAAGCUGCAGGACAGCAAGAGGCAGCGUGUGAUUAACUCCCGAUACAGAGGCGACUACAUCGAGCCAGUCAUCUACAGAACCAUCAUGGAGUAACCGGCGUCAUAUUCUUCUUCUUCCUCCUUCUCCACCUCACAGCACCAGCACAGAUUGAGCAAAGCUACCACACGUCUCACAACAUGAAGUGAGAAUGUUUCUUACCGUGUGUGUGAUUGUAUACAUCUGCUUUUUUUUAACAAGCUUUCAAACAUCACUCUGAUCUCUGAAAAGCUUUUAGUGAAGGCAUACACACCCAACAUACAACACCUACGCCCAUACCCACACCCAUACAAGCCUGUGCCACAUCCUUUCAGCCAUGAUGUGGUUUUUAUAUCCUUACUAGAAUUUGAGCCACUUAUGCAUACACUUUGGCCAGAAAGCAUUAGAGUUUGUACUAGUUUUAUACAGAUGCUCAUUGUUUCCUCCUGUUGUUCAGUUUGCAUUAAUUUAUUUCUCUCCGAGUUCAGGGUGCUAAUACUUGCCCGUAUAUUUUUAUGGAACGGAGGAAACAUUGCCAUUUUAUCAACAUAAACACCUCCUUUUUAAAUCCACACUGUUGUCAAAUUGUACAGCUGCAUUCCUAAAUAUUGUAGAUUAUUUGCAACUUACUGAAUUUAGAUUUGUUUUGUUCUUCUGGUUUUUUUUUUUUUGUUUUGGUUUUUUUUGGGGGGGGGUUGUUUUUUUUGUGGGGGGGGGGGGGUUGUUUUGGUUUUUUUGCUUUUUUUACCAGUCUAUUUAUUAGAUGGUGCUUUCUGAAAGUAGCCUUUGCAAUAUAACAGUCUGACUUCUAACAGUGCUGUCAUCUGGGUAGACAGUGUAGUUGUUAUUUUCAGCUGGGAGGUUCUCUCAAAAUGCCACGGAUUUCCUUUCUGUUCGUCUCAGCUCUACUAUACGGCCGCAUUUAAAGACGUGCUUUGCACUGCUGUUCAAUCAGGCGUGUUUUAUGUUGAUAACUUACAGCUUUGGCGAUCUUAAUCAUAACCCUGUUAGGCACAAGCCAAUACUAAGGUUCACAUAUCAUGCUAAACCUCUAGCCUUCAUCACCACGCACAAUAUUAUUGUGAUAUAUUGCAUUAAAAAAUACAAGUGUUUUUUAUCGGCUGACAUUUGAACUGUUCUGGAAGCCCUGGCGGUCCCCUUGCUAAACUAUUCAACCUAGUUGUAUUGUGGCUGAAUUCAACCUUACAUACACUACCUGAACCACACAUGCUAUUGGUCAGUCGUAUUGCACCUUUUUUUAUUUAAUUUUUUUUUUUUUUAAUUUGGAAACUAAAGCUAGCUAGUGUGUUAUCUUGUGUUACCUUAGCUAAACAAGUAGCUGGCUAAAGGCUCCAUAAAAGCUUUUUCCAAAAGUUAGUUUGUCAUUGGGGUAGCUAAAAAGAAAUAACUAAAUAGCUAGCUUGGUAGUUUGGUGUCAUCACUCUAUAAAAUUAAGUAUCUGGGUGUAAAAAUAAGCUGGCAUUAAGGAGAUGCUAUUAUCAUUAUUAUAGCGAAUUCUUAUCGAAGUAGCCUAGCUAAAAAGAUGAAAGAUUUUGGAUGGGAUCGUCAAUGGGCAUCAGGGGGACUGUGAGCGGCGGUUCUGGCCGUGGUCCACUGAACAGAAUUGUGGGAUUCCUUUCUCUAAGGCCACGUGCAAUGCUGUCUUCAGAUUAAUCCGCUAAUCGAAAUAAGCCGGACAGCUGUCUUUACGCUGACCUUAUUUUGAUGAUCUAAAUGGGACAGAAUUCAUUUGAGAGCACAAAUGCUGCCCAGCAUAUACUGCAUAACCAGGCAACUUCUUCACAAAGGGAAGGCAGCACAUAAUAAUAAUAAUAAUAAUAAUAAUAAUAAUAAUAAUAAUAAUAUUCUGAAUUGUCCACUGUUAAUAUUGUGCCUGUUUAUUAUUGUGAUACAUUGUAUAAUAUUAAAGACUAUCAGAACAUGUCUACUCCCCAUGCUUUAAAAAAAAAAAAAGAAAGAAAGAAAAGCUAGUUUUGCACUUCUAAACUGUACUAAUAAAUUGAUAAUUGAUUCCUCUAGCCAAGUUUCUGAAACAGCCACUCGCACAUCAAGGCCUUUUAAAGCCUGUGAUAUGAUGUGUAGUGUGUGUCUGUAGAUAACAGCUGUCAGAUAUUUAAGUCCAUUUCUCUCAGCAGGACGGGACCUACAUAUAUCACCACUUUAAAAAGAAAAAGAAAUUUAAAAAAGGACUUAUUACAAAUGUUUUUUAUUAUUAAGGAGCCUAUUUUAUUGCUUUGUUUUAUAAUAAGUGUUUAAUGUUUAUAUGCUGUGAGAAAUAGAGUUGUAUGUAGUUAAUUUAAGGGCUUCAUGACAUGGCAGUGUAUUUUCCCAGCUUGCUUCCUUAAGCUUAAGCCUCAGUCACACCGAGAGCCGAGGCUCGGAGGUGUCUGUUCCUGUCUUUUGUAAAGAUUAUCAGUGUGUGUCAGUAAAAUGAUGUGGUCUUACACA